CACACGUUAAUAAUGGUCUUCAAAAUAAUAACAAAGAAUAAGUUUUUGUAUCAAUAUUUGGCUAGUUUUACAGGAUGUCUGUGUAUCAUAUCGACAGGAAUGCACUACGGCUGGCCCUCACCAGCCCUACCAAUACUUUUAUCCCCCGAUUCUUCCAUAAAAAUAAGCGACGAAGAAGGAGCCAUGAUAUCAACGAUCCAAGAAUAUGGAAACGUUGUAGGGGCCCCGUUGGCAGCGUUCAUCGUCGACAGAAUCGGAAGAAAACUAUGCAUAUUAUCAUCGGCGCCUAUAUUUUUUAUCGGCUGGAUUCUGAUGGCGAAAAUUAAUUCGCUUUCGGUCGUAUACGCGUGCAGAUUUUUCGCUGGGGUGGCUGAUGGUAUAAUAUAUACAGCGUUGCCGAUGUAUUUGGGCGAAAUAACGCAUCCAAGUGUAAGAGGACUAUCCGGGACUUUAUUUCAAGUUUUCUUUGUUUUUGGAUCGUUGAUGUUUAACAUCCUGGGCUCCCUGGUCAGUUUGAGGAUGGCUACGUAUAUCGCAGCAAGUAUUCCUUUGAUACAAAUCCUAACAUUUUCUUUUAUGCCUGAAAGUCCCUACUAUUUGGUCAUGAGAGGAAAAGUGGACGAAGCAGAGGCAAGCUUGAAGACUCUAAACAACGGCGAAGACAUAUCACAUACCCUGAAAGACAUAACAAGUGCCAUAAAUGAAAAGAAGAACGAGAAACCUAAUAGAUGGGAAAUUUUUACGGAACCAUCAAAUCGCAAAGCCAUAUACAUAUCAUUUGGUUUAAGGUUAUUUCAACAGUUCACCGGUAUAACAGCUUUGAACUUCUACAUACAGGAAAUUUUCGUCGAAUUGGACGUACCAAUGGAACCUAGCACCAUAUCCAUAAUUUAUUUCGGCUUACAAUUUAUCAUGUGCUCUUUAGUGUCCAUCGUUAUAGACUCCACAGGAAGAAAACCGCUUCUGUUGUACUCUUUUGGUGGAACAGCCUUGGCUACCAUCACUCUAGCGAGUUACUUCUUUUGGUCGAAGGAUCUCGACUUGAGUGGUUCGAAUAUAAGAUAUAUCCCGAUCAGUGCAAUGUUUUUCUACAUUGUUAUCUACAAUGUGGGUUUAGCCUCAACGCCUAUGCUUACACUAAGUGAAAUGUUUAAUGCUAGAGUCAAGGCAGUGGCUAUUUGCAGUGCAGAUAUUUUCACAAGUGCUUUAAUCAUCUUAGUUUCAAUGUUUUUCCAGUUCACCAAAGACAAUUUUGGAAUCUAUGUUUCUUUUACGACUUUCACGAUUGUCAGCAUUUUGGGAGGGUUAUUCGUUAUAUAUUUUGUGCCCGAAACAAAGGGUAUGACUCUGGAACAAAUUCAGGAUUAUCUUAAAGGUGUGAAGAAGGAGAAAAUUGAGCUGGCUUAAGUAGAAAGGAAGACUGAUUUAUUGUAUAAAUUAUUUAUUUUAAGUGAGAAUGUAUAAUAAAUGAAUGUAACUGAUUUAUAACUUCUUAAUUGGGAUAAGUAUAAUAUACAUAUUAUGUAGAAGUAUCCAUAGAAUGUGUCCCUGAAAUGCCUAUACAAAAUGAUAACACAUAUUACUUUUAUCAAAAUAAUGCGAUUUAACCUAAUUUAAGAUAAAGGGAAUAACUGACUGCAUAAGUUAAAUUUUUGUUUAAUAAUCUUUAAAUAUUUCGCGAAUGCCUUAAAAUACCUAAAAAGUUACACAGAUAUGAGUUUGAUCGCAGCUUCGUCCACUUUACAGCCCGGAUUUGGCUCCUAGCGAUUAUUAAUACAAAGUUUCGCCAUCAAAUAACAAAAUGAUAAACUUGAAAGUUUUAGGGCAAUUUUUUAUAUUUCCCGUUAUAUUACAUAUUUGUUUAACUAUAUUCUUGUACUAAGAAAAAAUCCAUUAAUUUUAAAUUUGUACAAUCUUGGAACGAUAAGCGUAAAACUUAG